AUGCCGACCAACAUCUUCUCCCCACUUGACGCCUCUCCGCCCGACUCCGCACCAUCCGGCCCAUUCAGUGCUCGCCUUCGCGCCGCUGCGACCCCUCGAGGUGCUGGUACCAUCGAUCUGUCUCGCGUCCCUGCUGGAGCUCGUCAUCGCUCCGCUCGAGGUGCUGUCCAAGAUGCUCCCUCAAAUAAAGCGCAAGACAUGCGCGAAGCUCCGCCUGGUCGAGAUCGUUCCUUGCCAACAAGCCCCGUAGACAACGACUUCCCCGGCGCCCUUAGCCCUGACGGUAUCCCCAAGAACUACCAACACCCCACUCUAGGUGUUUUCCAGGCUCCUCGAGUGACCCCAGCGCAAGACUAUGCCACCCCCGAUCACUCUAAGCCCUAUGGCGUCCCCGUAGCUGCCCUACAAAACGUACGUCAAGACGUUCCCCUAUACGGCGGCCAGUAUGGCACUGGCCGCCGUGGCUUCUACAAAUCGUCUCCUAAGUCCGCCACUAAGUCUGCUACCCAGUCUGACCCUAAGCCUGCGCUUCAGCUCGGUGCACCAGUCGUCCCUCGCAUGGCGUCUAGUGCCACGAGCCAGCCUGGCGAGCUCCAGGAAGCCGAAGAGCCCGCAGACAUGCAAGUCGCCUACACGGCGUGGGGCGAGGCCUACAUGACGCCCACACCACGCCCUCGACCCCUCACUCCAGGCGAGACGAUUCCACGCGCUCCGGAGGAGAAGUUUCGGAGCAGCGAUAGGGCGGAGUUAGAGCAUCUGCUUUCUUGGAUACGGGAGCGUUGA